AUGAACAAAUUAUCUUUAUUACUUUUGGGACUUGCCAUGCUCCUUUGUGUUUCCGCAGAUUCUAUUCAACUUUGUGGUGUUUGUAGUAGUGGAGCUCUUUUAGGUUGCGGUUCAUCAGGUCAAAAGACUUGUGUUACAAUUCCUGUUGGAACAUGUUAUACAUUCGAUGAUAUCUGUACCGGUGCUCCAAUUAUAACUGCUUAUUACGUUUCAAGUAUAUCGAAUUCUAUUGUCAUUGGUAAAGUUUAUGAGGAUAUGAAUGAUUGUUCCAAUGGAAUUGGAAGUACUUCCAUUGCCCAACCCUGUGGAGAUUGUAAUGAAGGUACAACUGUAUCCUGCAGCACUUCCUCUACCUCAAUUUCUGGUAAUAUGGAUACCACCUCGGUUUCUACAUUGUCUUCGACCAUUCUUUCUUCCACUUUUUCCACAACAGCUUUCCCACACAAUUCUGGUAAUAUUCAAGUUGUUUCUUUUGGGUUAAUUGCAUUUAUUUCUUUAUUUGUCAUUUUAAUUUAA